GCCGGUUAUAGUGUAUGACAGCAGCCAUUCCACCGCCUGUCCUUUGACCUCUGUCGCUUCCAAAAUAGAGAGACGACCUUGUGGAGAGUUGAGGCAGAGCGGCAGUUGUGAACUAGUCCAAGAGUUCCGCAAAACUCUGGGAGUGUCGCAAAGUUUUCCAGCAGGAGUUGCGGUGUUUGUCACUCCCUCAGCUCUGAGUCAUACCGCGGACUUAAAAAAAAAACGUUGCCAUCACUCGGCGAACUUUUCCUGAGGGAAGACGAAACCUCGAUAGGUAGAGGACUCUUCAUCACCAGCCAUCACUCCAGUUGCUCGUCUUAUGGGUCCUCUGUGCCUUGCAAAUUCCAAGUGAUGCCAGUUGAUCUGCAUCAACACGUCCUCCUGAUCCCUACUGUCUCCGUUAACCAGUUGAGGGUGAUGAGGAUGAUGAGGGUAGUGUGGACCCUGCAGCUUGUUCUGCUACUCGCCUUGACCUCCAGGGCAGCGGGCUACAAUAUUCCUCUGGAAGUGGAACAGCCUCCAACCAUAAUAACUCACACAUCUGGUCCCAUUGUUGCCCUUCCCUAUGAUAACACCGUAAAGAUCAGGUGUGAAGCCAGGGGCAACCCACCACCAGAAUACAGAUGGACAAAAGAUGGCCUAGUCUUUAUCCCUCCACACUUCACAACAAACAAAACCAACCACAGUGAUGGCACUUUUGUGCUUCACAACAAGCACCUCAUCCAGUUUCAGGGUAAAUACAGAUGCUACGCUUCUAACAAGCUUGGAACUGCCAUGACAGAGGAGAUUGAACUGAUUGUUCCCAGUAUUCCCAAGUUUCCAAAGGAAGGAAUUGAUCCCAUUGUUGUUAAGGAGGGAGACCCAAUCAUCUUGCACUGUAACCCUCCAGAAGGUUUGCCCCCACGUCAGAUCUACUGGAUGUCUAUUGGUCUCCAGCACAUUGAGAAGGAUGAGAGGGUUUCCAUGGGCAUUGAUGGCAACCUGUACUUCUCAAAUGCCUUGCAGAAAGACAGUCGGCGGGACUACUGUUGCUUUGCUUCCUUCCCGAAAAUCCGCACCAUUGUCCAGAAAAAUGCCAUGGCUGUUAUUGUCAAGAGCUUGAGAGCUGACAAUGAGUCUGCUGACAGCGUCGAUGACACUCCUGAAGCCCCCCCAGUGAGAAAACCUGGCCUGUUGCUGCCCUCUGGUGUUCAGACAGAGAAGGUGCUGUUGAAGGGAGAGAGUCUGCAGCUCGAGUGUAUACCACAUGGAUAUCCCACUCCAACAAUGAAAUGGAUGAAAUUGGGAGACAAGAUGCCCUCACAGACAAAAUAUGACAACUAUGGAAAGCGAUUGACCGUCUCUGCUGUGGAAGAGCAGGAUGGGGGGAAAUACAUGUGUAUAGCUGAAAACUCUGCUGGAAAGGCUGAUCACUAUUUUGAUGUAAUAGUGGAAGAGCCGCCAAAGUGGCAGACGGAGCCUCCUCAGAGCCAGCUGAAUGUAAGUGGGUCUGAUGUUCACAUCAAGUGCGCGGUCAGUGGAAAACCAUCGCCAGUCAUAACAUGGAGGAGGAAUGGAGUAUUGUUCAGAGAUGACUCACAGAAGAACAGCCGAGUGCUUGAUGACACUUUGAUUAUCCACAACGCCAGACCAGAGGACAGCGCCGUCUACCAGUGUGACGCUUCAAACAGCCAUGGCAGUCUUCUGGCCAACAUUAACAUCAUGAUCAUGAAUAUGGCUCCUCAGAUACUGACAAUGGACCACCAAGAGUACGCUGUAGUACUAGGAGGGGACAUCAUCAUGAACUGCAGUGUUUUUGGCUCUCCACCACCCAGCAUCUCUUGGGCCAAAGAUGAGACUCCAGUAACCACUGAGGGGGGACGAUUUUCCAUUCUGCAGGACAGAUCUUUUCAAAUCAUCCGCGCGGAAAAAAACGACAGUGGGACUUAUGUGUGUGUUGCCUCAAACACAGAGGGCACGUCGGCUGUCACUGCUGUGCUGGAUGUGAAAGACCCCACGAAAAUAGUAGAUCCACCUCGGGAGGCGCAGAUCAUCAGUGGGACCACAGCCCAGUUCAUGUGCCAGGCAGAGUAUGAUAAAAGCCUGCAGAGCACCUUUGAGGUGGUAUGGAGGAAGGAUGGGAAGGAGAUCCCAUUGUCAUUUGAGGAAAAUUCCAGAUACUUAGUGGAUGAUGGCUUGCUGCAGAUCAUGAAUGUGAACCUGAGUGAUCAGGGAUUUUACACAUGCAUUGCUAGGACCAGCCUAGAUGAGGACAAUGCCACUGCACUGCUCACCAUACUGGAUGUUCCCGAUGCUCCAAAAAAUGUAACAAUUCUUGAGUUAGAGAGUCUGAGAAAUGUCCGUCUGUCCUGGGUGCCCGGGAGUGAUCACAACAGCUCUGUAACAGAAUUUAUAGUGGAGUAUGAGGAGAGCCAAUGGGAGCCUGGCAGGUGGAGGGAGCUACAGAAAGUCCCUGGUAUCCAGGCAACAGCCAAGCUGGCACUACAUGGACACCUUAACUACCAGUUCAGAGUGUAUGCUGUUAAUGCUGUUGGACCUGGACCCCCCAGUGAGCCCACUAAGAGACACAGAACACUGCCUGCUGCUCCUGAUAGAAACCCAGAAAACAUCAAAAUUCAAGGCCAUCUUCCUCAUCAAAUGGACAUUAGCUGGGAGCCGCUGCUGCCUAUCGAACACAAUGGCCCAGGCCUCGAGUACAAGGUGAGCUACAGAAAACUGGGGGUGGAGGAUGUCUGGAGGGAGCAUCUGGUCAAAAGACACUCCUUUGUCGUGAGAAACACGUCCACUUUUGUCCCCUACGAGAUCAAAAUUCAGAGCAGGAACAGCCACGGCUGGGGACCUGAACCUAAACUUGUUACUGGUUACUCCGGAGAAGAUGUCCCUACUGCAGCACCACGGGAUGUAGCUGUGGAGGUGUUCAACACCACUGUUCUGAGAGUUAGCUGGACCCCGGUUCCACCUGCCACAGUGAGAGGUCAUCUAGGGGGCUACGAUGUUCACUGGUUGAGAAAACGGAGUCUGUUGAAUCCCAACAAGAUUUCAGAUGAGCGCCAGUCCAUGUCUUUUCCUGGAAAUAGGACUCAUGCCAUCGUGCCGGGGCUUGAACCUUACUCCGAGUACAGACUCACUGUCAACGUUUUCAACAAGAAGGGCAAUGGGCCCAACAGUGACCCGGUCACCUUUAGCACUCCAGAGGGAGUUCCUGAGCAAGUGCCCAUCCUGACCGCCUCCAAUGCCCAGAAAGACUCCAUUUUGUUGGUAUGGGGUCCACCGCUGGAGGCAAACGGCAUCCUCACUGGGUAUCUCUUGCAGUACCACCUCAUUAAUGAGACCACAAUGGAAGUGGUUGAUUCCCAGGAGAUAAACAUCAAUGCGGCUGACACCACCCAGUGGUGGCUUGAGCGCUUAGAGGAGGGGAGCCUCUACCGCAUCCACCUCCGUGCCUGCACUCGAGCAGGUUGUGGACCUCCGCUGGCACAGGAGUGCAGCACAGCUGCUAAAGCACGUGCAGAAGGUCGGCGAGGCGACUUAUCAACCCAGGGCUGGUUCAUUGGGACCAUGUGUGCUGUGGCACUCCUCACCCUCGUUGCUCUCAUGGCCUGCUUUGUGCGGAGAAACAAAGGUGGCAAGUAUGCAGGUACGCCGCCGCCACCACAGCGUCAAGACAUGUUCUCCAUGGAAAAAGUGAAAGAGAAGGAAGACCUCCACCCUGACGUGGAGUCACACAGAAUGAAUGAUGACACCUUCUGUGAAUACAGUGACAGCGACGAGAAGCCACUGAAGGGCGGGAGCUUGUGUUCUCUGAAUGGCGAUGGCGCGUUGGGGGACAGCAUCAGCAGAGACAGCCUGGUUGACUAUGCGGACGGGGAAGGAGAAUUCAAUGAGGAUGGUUCAUUUAUCGGAGAAUAUUCCGGACGAAAGCACAGAGGCUCUGUUAGUGAGCCCAGUGGACCCAGCCCAGUCACUGCAUAAAGCCAGGCUCCAGUUGAAACGGUCUACUUCAAAUCCUUUCAAGAUACUUUUAUAAAUUCAGCUUCUGUGGCAUUAAAUAUAGCUUGAAUAGCCAAAUAUGGGGGAAUAAAAAUGACUCAAAUGUGCAGGCUGUUUUUUUUUAUUUUUACAUUAGGCAGACGUUUUGCCCUGGGACUGGAAAAGAAAUAAUAAAUCCACCAUACACAUCCAUGUGAAUACCAUGCAUGUCUUUGUACAUACUGUGAGAGAAUGAGCUGUAUCAUUUGAGUGAUUCAUGAUUUUAUUAAUGAUAAUAAAGUGUUUUUUAUACCUAC